GCAGUUUAGAACAUACACGCAUUCAAAAUCAUCUCUUUCCGCUCUCCCACGGAGAAGAAGAGAAAACAGUGAGAUUUGUAAAACUUUUCACGGAGGACAAGGAUUCAAGGAGGGAAGAAGAACAUGGCGGUCAUUUGCAGGGAUUCGGAAGACAAUGCCUCUGCCAACGAUCCCCUCUUGCCAUGGCUACGGUCAAUCGUGAAGGCACUUGAUGGUGUAAGCUCAAGUGCUGGUUCGGCUUCCCAAUUUGAAACCCUUCUCAAGGACUGUAUAUUCAAAUUCAAGGAUGAUAAUCAGUACAGGAAUGAUGUCCGAUUUCUAAAGAUAUGGUUUUUAUAUAUUGAUGCUGUUGAAGACUUUAAAAGUGUUUUCAAAAUGAUGGAGGAUAGUAGAAUUUGUCUCACCUAUUCUCUACUCUAUGAAUCUUAUGCAAUGUUUCUGGAAUCAAAAGGGAAGUUGGUGGAUGCAUUCGAAAUUUACCGAAUGGGCAUUUCAAGGAAUGCUGAACCUCUUGAGAGGCUAAAGAAAGCGGAGGCAUUAUUUGUUAGCAGAAUGUCUGCUAUAGUGGAUGCCUGUUCACUUCAGAAGAUUGAUUGCAGGGAAUCUGCUAAUCCUAGUAAGAGUUUAAUAAAUCCAUGGUCAAUCUCCACCAUCAAAAGUCUACUGAUGAAGAUGAAGAAGCAGAUAUUGAAGUACCAUGGAUACCAUGAGAGUACUAAAAAUUAUUUGGGAAAAGUUCCAUUAUCUUCUUUGCAAAGAAAUAAGAUCAUUGAGAUAGGUGGAAAGAAAUACCAGAUCAUAGGCCGUGCUGGUGUAGGUGGAUUUGCUCAAGUAUUCAAAGCAUAUGUUAACAGUAACCCUGAUGAUGUUGUUGCUUUAAAGAUACAAAAGCCUGCAUUCCCUUGGGAAUUUUACAUGUAUCGCCAACUGGACAAUCACAUUUCGAACAAGGAAAGACCAAGCUUUGGCUUUGCUGAGAGAGUACAUGUCUUUUCUGAUUGUAGCAUACUAGUUUGUGACUAUUUAGGUCAUGGAACACUUCUGGAUGCUAUAAACUCUUACAUAGUAACUGACCAUAAGAUGGAUGAAGUGCUGUGCAUUUAUUACACCAUAGAAAUGCUCCACAUGCUUGAAAUUUUGCACAGAACCAGCAUCAUUCAUGGUGAUUUUAAGCCUGAUAACUUGCUCAUUCGCUAUGCCAGGGAUGAACUUAUAGAAGAAGAUUUUCGCAGCCAAACUGGUGCCUGGCAUGAUCAGGGUCUCUGUCUUGUAGAUUGGGGAAGGGGUAUAGACCUAAGCCUUUUCCCUGAUGGGACAGAAUUCGAGGGAGACUGUAGGACUUCUGGCUUUCGUUGUGUUGAGAUGCAGGAAAAUAAACCAUGGAGGUUUCAGGUUGACACAUACGGUCUCUGUGUGAUUGUUCAUUUGAUGCUCCAUGGAUCAUACAUGGAAAUUCAAAAGGUGUUUGCAGAUGAAAGCUAUAUUUACCAACCCAAAUCAUCAUUAAAGCGGUAUUGGAAUGUUGAACUAUGGAAGAAACUUUUCAAGGAAUUGCUGAACAUAGGUCCGGGUGAUGACCACAAGAUGUUGCAGAGUUUGAGGGAGUCAUUUGAGGAUUACAUAUGUUCAAAUCCUCAGUUGAUUAAGAAACUAAAGCAUUUAUUGUUGAAGCAAAGAACUACCCUCUGUUCUUCUUAG